AUGGAGGGCAAUAGUCUGUGUCUAGCGAAUUCUUCGAAACGUAGAAAAUUUUCAUGGAUCCAGCGUGUCCACUUCCUUCCUUCUGAGGAAAUUAUGUUAUUGGAUAAAACCGCUAACGGAGGCAUCUGUCUUACCAGUUUCAGAAUGAUUUUGUACUGUCGACAUCAAAGCAAUGUAAUCAGCAUUCCUACCAUGCUGAUACGACUUUGUGAAACCUCAUCUCUGUUUGACAUGGAGGUCUCAACAAAAAUCGGCACAACUUUUACGUGCCAGUUCAAAAGUGUGCAUGCUUGCGAAGCCUGGAUCAAGCAACUGAGUAUUUUGUGCGGUUCUGUAAAGGAAUUUUCGCAUAUGUUUGCGCGUCAAUUCCGGGAUGAGCUUAGAAAACGUGUUUCUAGUCACCCACUACUUUCGUCAGCGAAAGAAACCUUCGAUCUUGGUGCAAACGACACUACUUUAGAAGCAGAAAUGAUUCUUCAAGAGUUUAAUAGGCUUGAAUUUGACAACAACUGGAAGAUAACUGAUGUAAACAGCGAUUUUCAAAUUUGUAAAAGCUACCCCAAGUAUCACAUAUUGCCUCGGGAUGUAUCCGAUCAAGAUAUACCCAAUAUAGCUACUUUCAGAAGCCAUCAUAGAUUCCCUUCUGUUGUAUGGCGAUCGUGCAGGACCGGUGCUGUGCUCCUCCGAUGUGCUCAGCCUCGUGUUGGGAUUAUGUAUUCAAGGAGCGAAUAUGACGAGAGAUUUGUUGCAGCAAUUCUAGAAAACUGUAGGAAGGACCCAUUGUCAAAGCAGAGCCACGGAGACUCUUGCAAUCUCCUCAUAAUUGAUGCGAGAUAUUACAGCUCUGCUCAAUUCAAUAGACUCCGUGGCGGUGGUUUCGAAUAUAAGGAGUACUAUGACCAGUCACAGAUACGUUUUGCAGAUCUACCAAAUCUUCACGCUGUUCGCAUGAGUUUUGAGCGAUUAAUGCUUCUUUGGUUGGCAACCCUGGAACGGUCUCUGUGGCUGAGUUACAUCAGUCAGUUGUUGAAAUCUGCCGUAGAAAUUGCGGCUGCUCUCGACGUUAAUGGCCGUCCCGUAAUGGUUCAUUGCACGGACGGUUGGGAUAGAACACCUCAAUUGACGUCACUCGCUGAAUUGCUCCUUGAUCCGUACUAUCGGACGAUACGGGGGUUCCGUAUCCUCAUCGAGCGCGAAUGGUUGCAAUUUGGUCAUAAAUUUGGUGAUCGUUGUGGACACAGUUUGAACUCGUGCAGUAGUGAAGAGCAGAGCCCUAUUUUCCUCCAGUGGCUAGACUGCGUUCGCCAGAUCCAGCGCCAGUUUCCUCACUGCUUCGAGUUCAAUGAACUCUUCCUGGUUAAAAUAGCUAUUCAUACAUAUUCGGGACUUUUCGGGACGUUUCUAUGCAACUCGGAGCUUGAACGCCAGGAGAAUCGCUGUGCCUCACAAACUUGCUCAAUUUGGGCAUACUUAAAUCCCACUUACAAUUGGUCCAUCAUUAACUACCUUUACGAAGAAAAAAAUGAGGUGAUAAACCCGGCUUGGCACGUAAGCAACUUGGAAUUGUGGGAUACCCUAUAUGUCAAUGCACUGCUACCAUCCAACGCAUCUGGAGCUCUUAGUCAGCCUCCGGUUUUGGUCGCUCCUCUUCGGCGGGCCAGCGAUACAUCAUCUCCCCUCCAGAUUUCCACAUCGAGUCCCGCCACAAAUACUGACCUUUUAAGCUGCCGUCCCAGUGCCUCUAUUGCUGUUCCCACACCCGCCACCCUCUCCGAAACUGCUGAAGUACAUGGUUCUAGUGCUACUCUCGCCGAUGUUCGGCAGCGCUCCCAAUCACUCUCCGACGUUAACCAUAAGCAUGCGGAUCUUCCGACAAUCGCGCCCACGACAUUUCAAUCAGAGACCGCAGCAGCUUCUUUGUUUCGUCAAUCUACAUCUUUAGAGCGAGUGACCAUGGUUCGGGUUGAUGCUUCACCUUCAGUACCAGAUUUUCUAUCAAUCGCUCCCCCUGACGUACCUCCAAACACAGAUCCGAAAUUGGUCGUAAUUAAUGAUAAAGAAAACCUGAAUGUGUCCCGUUCUGAUCAGAAUCUUGUCAGAAGCGUACCGAACAGGUCUCCGCACAGGCAUAUGCGAAGUGGCAGCGACCCACCUUUCAGCUCAGCUAACAGAUUGAGGCUCUCGAGUCUUGGAGAUACUGACAUACUUGUUGUGAACAAAGCUCCUCUCGAUGAUAGCCACGACGUUGAGGAAGCAGAAGGGAGUAUGACAGCAGGCGACGAAGUCCUGGCUACUCUAUCCGUCCCCUGUUCAGGGGACGGUGAAGAUGUCGGGGGAGAAGGAAUGACCCAUGUCUUUAUGGCCCAACACGCGUUUCCUUCAACAUCUUCCUUUUCCCCAAUGAGUCAGUCAACGAUCUCGUUGUCAGGUGCGGCCUGCUAUGGAAUGAGAGCCUGGAUCGAUGGCUACUUUGGUCGCCCCGUGUUCAGCGCCCAAUUUCGAAUGCUGGCUGAUGAGUCAGUAUCCGCAGGUGCGAACGAUGAAUCCAUUGGCUCGCAAAUCAAUUUACCCUCGGUCGAUCAAACCAAGAGGGAUAUCAUGGGAGAGGCGGACUCUGUUGAUGAUUGCAAUCCUAACAGUCUCAUUGGUAGUCGUACUCGAUCCCAUACAGAGGGUGAGUCUCACCAAAAUCUCCGCACUAACAGUGAAGCUCUACCCGGAAGUCCAACCCUUUUGGCCUCAAGUGGUCCUGAUCGAGUAAAUCUGUCUAAUGGCACUUCGUGGGAUUUAGCAGCUUCUAAGGAGCCUCCAGUUACACCCGAGCGCGGUUUCUCCGUUGAUUGGGACGGCUUGCCUCUUCGGGUCGACCCUGUCACCUUAAAAUUUCACGAGCGUCAAAGACAGGAGGAUCAUAUACGCGCAGAGCACCAGAGCCACAUUGAUCGCCUCGAGGCCAAUAUUGCAUGCCUCUUGCAAGAGGUGGCUCGUUUGCGCGCUCUAGUGGAUGAUAAAAGUAAUGAAAGUAACUUACAAGGUAUCUUCACCACCUCUGCUUCUUCCAGUGCUGAACUGUUUUCGUCACCGUUGAUCUCUCCCGAGGUAACUGCGACUCAGCAGAACAGUCAUGGUGAUGGACAGGCGAAUCCGCCGUCAUCUAUUGUUGAGGCUCUCUCUGACGCAAUCGGCAACCAUCAGGGAGUCGACGACCAUGCAGACUGUGGCGGCAUCUACGUGAGGACCAACGGGACACCAGUUAAACCACAUUCCCUGAUGACCCAAUCGGCAACCGAUGACAUACUGCUUAACUGGCCUGACGGGUUCGCUCCCCACAAUGUCACUUCCUGCACUUUUAACCCUCCACCACUACGAAGGCGCUGCUGUCCCAGCCCCUCGUCAGACUACAGCUCCUUUGAUGUUGUCGAAAGCUCUGCCCUGCUUGCUUACUCCGGCGUUCCUGGUGGACCUGCUUGUGGUGGAUGUGAUAGUCCUCUCGAUGGCAUUCUUUCUCCCCUUCCAUGCGGUUAUUGUCUUCGAAAUUUCUGUGGCAACUGUUCCGAGACCCCGCGAGAGCUCAACAACUGCAAACCCAUUUGCGGGGCAUGCUAUCGUGGAUGCCCGUUCGAGUCGAUUGAGGCACGUCAACUCCUCGCCGACUCCCAAACGGUGGAGGAGGGAGAUGUGUACUGCCGGGGCUACGCUGCCCACCUGUCCUGCGCUCCUCUCCCCGGUAGCUGCACCAGCAGCACCACUGCCACCGCAAUCUCGUGCUCGUCUGCCUGCGCCGAUGGAGGUAUCUGCCGACGCCUUGAGCGGCGGUUCCCCUCAGGCUCUCCCCUCACCUGCUCAAGCGCCCACAGCCAAAAUGGAACUGCCAAAGCUUGA